AUGGUCACCAAGGUACUAGGAUUGGCUCUUUUGGUAGCUUGCUGCCAAGCUCUCCAGAACGACCACCACAACACACCCACCUCCUUCGUAUCAUUCAACGACAACCACAACAUGGUUCACCACAUCCAAUCAGCACCCCAGCAACACUACGCACCCCAACAACAUUACUCACCCCAACAACACUACGCACCCCAACUUCAUUCUGCAGCUCCAGCCCCCGUUCAAUACUCAGCUCCGUCUCAUUCCAACUACGCUGCCCCAUCUCAUUCCAACUACGCUGCCCCAUCUUUCUCUUCUCACCAAGCUAGUUCCUUCUCCAGCUCGAAGCUGUCCCCUUCUAGUCAGUACGGCGCUCCUGUCCAACGUUUACCCCAAUUCGCACCCCUUUCUCACCAGACAGCUGCUGUUUCAUCGUCUUACCCCUCCCACCAAGCUAGCUCUUACUCCAGCUUGAACUCGUCUCCUUCUGGUCAAUAUGCUGCACCAGCUGCCCAUCUUUCUGCUAAAUUCGCUCCUAUUUCUCACCAAGUAGCUCCUGCCGCUCACCAAUUCGCACCUGUGUCUCACCAGGCAGCCCCUGUCUUCAAAUAUUCAGCUCCUGUAUCCCACAGUGCCCCUGCCCAAUACGAAUUUUCCUAUGGAGUUCAGGACCACCACACUGGUGACAUCCAUUCCCACCAGGAGUCCCGUAAGGGAGACCACACCCAAGGAGAGUACUCUCUCCACGAAGCUGAUGGUACCAUCAGAACCGUCAGGUACAACGUAGAAGGACACAGUGGGUUCAACGCUGUAGUUGAGAGGUCAGGACACGCCCAGGCUCAGGCUCAGGCCCACCAACCCAUCAAAGCACUAGUACCAGCUCACCAACAGCAGUACCAUCAUUGA